UUGUGUGUGUGUUGUGUGUGUCUCUGUUUAAAGUGCUCAGUUAUCACUUGCAGAGAGACAGAGCUCAGGCUGGCAGACAGAAGGACCAGUUGCUCUGACCGUCUCAGUAACCGUAUGACCGUCCCGCAGGACAUGACUGUUUCAUCGUGCGAUUAACCCUGCGCUUCCCAAGAUGGAGUGGUCGGGCUCUACAACCAUCGCCUGGAUGUUUUAUUGUUGUCUCCUGACCGGAUCUUGUUCUUGGCUUCCUUCAGCCGUACAAACCUCCGCCUUGCCCCAGUCCGGUUCCGUUCACCCUCAUAUGCCGGACACCUACACACGUUCUCAAACAGCCCUCCAUUCUGCUCCCUCACAUUCUCCAUCGCAUACCCCCUUCCCAGCCGCACGGUCGCAGGACUUGCCUCCGAGGGUCCCAUCCUUCCGCCAUAGGACCACCCAAUCUACCCACCACCAUUUGGUAGCCACAAGGAUCAAGCGUCAGUCCUCCGCUGCCAGUUUGCUGCUUCCGGCUGCCCUUGAAGGUGCAGUUCCUCCUUCUCAACAUCCCUGGGUCAUUUUGUGGGGGCCCACAGUAGCAGAUGAAGAUGGAGUGGCCCUGAGCUCCGACUCUUCAACCUCUCGCCCUGGCUCUUAUCGCGAGGGAGAUCCUCAGCUACACGAGGAGCCCGCGAGAGGGCUGGACCUGAGAGGAGCGCCCACAACUCUGAGACCUCCCAUGUUCCCACCAACUGAUGAAGGGACGGACCCUCAGCUGUACGUGACAAUAGUCAUCUCUGUGCUCAUCGUUUUGGUGGCCACCGGCAUAAUCAUCAAAUUCUGUUGCGAGCGGAGGGACAGGAGGCGGCGCCACCGGACAGAAAGAUGUCCUCUGCCAGAAGAAGGAAGCCUCCAGCCCCUCACGGACCUCUCACCAGAUACAGAUAUCCCAGCAUUUCAGUCUCUGAAACUUGGUGACCUCAAAAGUGUGAGCGACAAGAAAGGAGGUCUUUACAGGACAAGCAAGAUCCCCGUGGUGACCAUGUGAUAGGAACGGUAAUCCGAAGAGCUCACCUAGGGCGAUGAGUGAAGGAACGUACGCUAGCAAAUGGGCAAAACCCUGGUCUGAAAAACCCAAAAGCCAGAUUUUUGUGCGUUGAAGCAUAAAUUAUCCGGAGCUGGAAGAAUAUAAGAGGAGUUUGAGAUGGAAGCAGACAAGCCAAGGAGAUCUUUGGGUGAAUCCUUCGGAGGAGCCCCAAUAAACGAAUGACUAUAUACAGUACUGUGCAAAAGCUUUAGGCCAGUGUGAAAACAAUGCUUUAAAGACAAAUGCUUUCAAAAAUAGACAUAUUUAUCGUUUAUUUUUAUCAUUUAACAAAAUGCAAAGUGAGGGGAAAAAAAUCUAAUCAAUAUUUGGUGUCACCUCCCUUUGCCUUCAACAGAUCAGUUCUUCUAAAUCUGUGGAGUUAGACAGCC